AUGGCGCUGGAGGAGGACAAAGCGGGCAAGGGCUCCAAGGUGAAGUGGAAGAAGAGCCACUCGAGCCAGGAGCUGUCGUAUUGCUUGGACCUUCUGAGGCCCGUGCACGUGGAGGUGAUGCCGGCCAGCUAUCCCAUGCCCGAGGCCCACGGCUGCGCUCCAGGGUUUGAGCCCGGGUACAUCCGAGAUGGCCUGGCCUUCAGCAAGGUGCCCGGCCAUGCCAAUCGCUCGUACUCCCAGUGCAAGCGCUUGGAGGUGGCAUACGACUUCGUCUUCGACGUCUUCGAGCCCAAGUUUAAUGUGACCUACGCGGCGGCUCUGCGCGCCCGACCGGACAGCGUGUACUUGCAAGAGGUGCCCCCUCUCCCGAGUUUCAACAUCUCGCGGAUGACGAUUUCGGGCGGAGCGUAUCCGGACCACUGGCACCUGGUGCACCGGGGCUGCCGUGGCCCUGUGGCCCGCGACUGCCUGCGCUGCGCCAGCGAAGGCUUCGACGCCAACUGCCCCAACGAGACCAAGGACGUGCGUGCGGAGGUGCAACCGGUGCUCACCCGCGAGCAACCCAUCGCAUUUCUGAGGAAGCGCAACUUCACCGGGAAGUUCAUCAACAAGAGGGGGGAGAAGCGUGCGAAGUUCGCUUUAGAACUGGAAUGCCCAAGGUGGCAAAAGCUGAUGGCGCAGAAUGCGCCGGAGUUGGUGGUGAACCACCGCGAGCCUUCCAUGCGCUACGCGCCGGAGCCGCCGCCCCGGGGUCCCCGCAGGAAGCUUGCGGACAUCCCCUUGCAGCCGUUCCAGGACACCGCGGCGGAGUUCGCGCGCCUGGAGAUGCGCACUCCGCACCACUUCGUGCUGCCCUACUUCGACGUGAACAUCGGGCACGCCAUCAAGAACCAGGGCUCCAUGAACCACCUGCAGAGCUACCAGAUGCAGCUGCUGCUGAGAUCCGGGGACACCGCCAUCGACGUGGGGGCCAACCUGGGCUGCUACACUAUUGCCCUGGCCGAGGCGGUGGGCCCCAGGGGCAGCGUGAUCUUCUUCGAGCCCUACCGCUGGCUGCACCAGCUGGUGGUGGCCAACGUGGCGCUGAACGGCCUGCAGAACGUCUUCCCGGUGCAGGCGGCGCUGGGCGAGUCCGAGGAGCGCACCUGGGUCUACCCCCCGCAGCUCCGCUUCUUCUCGAGCCCCGGAGGGGUGCGCGUGGCCGGGCAGGCGCAGGAGCUGAGCGAGAAGCGCCAGCACGAGGCCUUUCAGCUCUACGACCUGCUGGCGCAGGGCCCGGAAGCCGUGCGCGUGGUGCGCCUGGACGACCUGCUGCUGGACGGCGAGACCGCGAGCCGCUGGGCGCUGCCGCAGAUCCAAGAGCUGCGGCUUAUCAAGAUCGACGUGGAGGGCAUGGAGGUCGCAGUUGUGCGAGGUGCACUGGGUGUGAUUAGCCACUUCCGCCCCAUCAUUUGGGCUGAGAACCUCGCGUACUUCGACUCCGGUGGCAAGGACACUGAGUUCUUGCAAGCGCUGGCGGUGGUGGGGUACCAGUGUGCCAAGGCGGAGUCCGCGCCCGGGGACAUGAUCUGCACCGACGCAGGUGGGCAAGGGCACCAGGUGCCUUGA